AUGGAGGCCCCCGAAGUCGUAGAGAAGGCUGAGGAGGCUGAAGAAGUUUCAGGAGAUGGGAGUUGGUGGUCUCAGAAGACCAAGGACUUGAGUUUAUCAACUCCAGCCACUCCAGAGUGUCAGGAGUUUGGUAGUGAGACCCAGCAAGGGUUGGGAAACUUUUGCCCCAACUCUGUGCUGCUGACCUUGAAGCCAGAGAGGGAUGAGGAGGAAGUCAUCUCCAUACAGAGCCCUCUAAUUGAGGGAAACCUGGAGCCACAGAAUGAAGACCUGAUUAACCGGAUUAAUGAGCUUCAGCAAGCAAAGAAGAAAUCCAGUGAGGAACUGGGAGAAGCCCAAGCUCUCUGGGAGACCCUGCAUAAGGAACUGGACUCCUUGAAUGGAGAGAAAGUGCACCUAGAGGAGGUCUUGAGCAAAAAGCAAGAGGCACUGAGGAUCCUCCAGCUGCACUGCCAAAGGAAGGAAAGUGGAGCUCAGAAGUUGCACGUUGAAGAACAGCUGGAGAAUUUGAUGGGCCAGCACAAGGACCUCUGGGAAUUCCACAUGUUGAAGCAGCGGCUGGCCCGGGAGAUAUGUGCCCUGCAGAGCAGCAAGGAGCAGUUGCUCACUGAAGAGAAACUGGCGCGGGCCAAGCUAGAGGAGGUGGAGCGGCAGCUGAGCUCGGGGCGCGCCCCGGCGGUGAACGAUGGGCUGAAGGCGGAGCUGGAGAAAUUCGGGGGCAGGGUCCUGCCCUAAUCCAUUGCACCCCAAAGGACGGGGCCUGCAAAGGAGAGGCUGGCCCCGAGCGCCCGGGCGCCCUCCGCGAGGACCUGGAGCCGCCCCCAGAGCACUAGGACCCGCCCGAAGCUCCCCACCCCCACCCCCUUCGA